UCACUGAGAGCCUCACCCCAGCCAAAGAUGCUACUGCCGGCGCUGCUCACAUUUUUUCUCUUUCUCCGGAGCAUCCCUCGGGCCAGAGCAGGACCAUCCAAUGCACACCAGAUCACCAAGGGGGUGGAAUGGUUGACCCGUUACGGCUAUCUUCCUCCGCCAGACCCCAUGGCUGCCCGCCUUCAGACCCCAGAAGAACUGGCAAACGCAAUCAGGACCAUGCAAAGAUUUGCAGGAGUGCCUAUGACUGGAAAACUGGACGCCCAGACAGUGGAGAUGAUGAACCGGCCCCGUUGUUCCCUUCCGGACAUUAUUGGCACUUCUGAGCUGAUGCGUCGCCGGCGCAGGAGGAGACGUUACGCUCUCAGCGACACCGGCUGGAAAAAGAAGGACUUAACAUGGCACGUUCGCUCCUUCCCGCUCGACUCCACCCUGCCGCACGAUCACAUCCGAAACCUUUUUUUCUACGCUUUGAAGGCGUGGAGCAAGAGCUCGGCCUUGACCUUUCGCGAGGUCCACUCUGGAGAUGCUGACAUUCUGGUGGAUUUCAGCCGUUCCUACCACGAAGACGGAUACCCCUUCGAUGGGCCCGGAGGCACCCUGGCCCACGCCUUUUUCCCCGGUGAAUACCCAAUUGCUGGCGAUACCCAUUUUGAUGAUGAAGAGACGUGGAUCUAUGACCCAGAGAACAAAGCACCAGAUCACGGCACAGAUCUCUUUGCUGUCGCAGUGCAUGAGUUUGGUCACGCUCUGGGGCUGGCUCACUCUUCGGCCAAGGAGUCCAUCAUGAUCCCCUAUUAUCAAGGCCCCGUAGGACUGCCCCACGACUAUCGGCUCCCUUUGGAUGAUGCCAUGGGGAUUGAACAAAUCUACGGUAAACCCCACCCUGGUUCCCGUCCAGACGACGACACCCCAAUGUUACCGGUCCCUACAGCACCCCCCAUGCCUGACCUACCACCAUUCAGACCUACACAACACACGCGCCCGCUAUCACCUGAACGCUGCAAGGCCCAUUUCGACGCCAUCGCCAACAUCCGUGGGGAAAUGUUCUUCUUUAAACAAAAACACUUCUGGAGGAUGCAGCCCAGCCGUAACCUGGUUUCUCUGGAGCCGGCACAGACUCUAACACGGUGGUUCUGGGAACGGGUCUCCCCAAACGAUUCUCAAAGUCUAUAUCGAUCACGGUGUAAUGUAACGCAUGAACGAGCAGCUUCCAAUCUGUAUCUCUCUUUAAUUGGAUCAUACUACUGGGUCUUCCAUGAGACGCGGGUCACUCCAGGCUACCCCCGGCCAAUAUCGGAUCUCGGCCUUCCUGACAACACGGUUGUGGGAGCUGCAUUUGUCUGGCCUCACAAUGGCAAGACAUACCUCUUAGAAAAGAAUCAGUACUGGCGCUAUGACGAUCAGUUGGGACGCGUGGAAUCGGGGUACCCGAAGUCUGUCAGUCUCUGGGAAGGGGUACCCACAGAUCUGGAUGACGUCACUCGCUGGAAUGACGGCAAGACGUAUUUCUUCAAGGGGACCCAGUACUGGGGUUUUUCUGGAGGCAACGUGCAGUCGGACGCUGGCUACCCCCGCUCCGCCUCCCAAGACUGGAUGUACUGCCAGGGGGCUCCUACUUUGUCCCCACCAGCCCCCAGGCACGGAACAGGCCAAGACAAGGGGAUGUGCAUCUGUCACGGGUCUGCAGGGAAGUUGGCACCCCUCUCGGCUUGGAUCCUGGCCCUGAUCUGGGUCUUAUGCUGACUCUUCAUCAGCCGCCAAAACAAUGCACUUUGCACACUCACGGAGGAGAUCAAACGGGGUGUGUGUGUGUGUGAAGGGGGCGCAUCUCCUGAGAACAUCUUCUCUCCCCUUUUGAUGGUGCUCUCUUGAAUCUCAUCUUUGGUCUACCUGGAUCCUGUGGACAUUUUCUCCCUUAGCUCCACGGCUAGUUUCCUAAAGGGGAAGAUGCGGGAGCAUCAGCCUCCAUGGCGGGCAAAUAUGGGCCAUUGUUUUCCAAGGGUAAAAGAAGGGUUCUUUGCAGAUGCUCAGAGGUGCUUUCAUUUUUGUAUUAUUUUAUGCAUCACAAGCCUCCGUCCAAAGCCUGCUCGACCCAACUCGCCCACCUAAUUCCAGUCCUUCUGCCAACUGUCCUUCCCCAGUGGCAUAGUGGUUAAGAGCAGGUGCCCUCUAAUCUGGAGAACCGGGUUUAAUUCCCCACUCUGCCACUUGAGCUGUAC